GGUACGUCAGCACCAAUGGCGGACAAGGAGAAGCGCCGGUCCGGGGCUGCUCCUCCAGGGAUGCCCGAGGGCAAAGCCACCAAGUCGGACAGCGACAGGGAGUUUCUGUCGCAGGCCGGGGUGGGAGAGCUGCUCCGCGGGGCCAUCCUGAAGAUGGUCGAGGCCAGAUCGGACGAUCCCAUCGGGUUCCUGGCCGACCACUUCUGUCACCUCGCCUCCGUGACCGAGACCGGCACAGCUGGAUGCAGCGACGGGGAUCAGCUGAACGGCCCGAUGAGCGCAGGCGCGCAGGAACAGCAGCAUCUCAACCGGGCGCUGUGGCACCUGCGGCUGGCGCAUCACUCCCAGAGAUCUGCCUUCAGCAACAACGUCCGUGUAGCCUACGACCUCCUGAACCUCACUGAGCCCUGCAGACGAUCAGCUGAGGUCCCCGAAGGCCCCGACGGCUCCUGUACUGACAGCCUGACAGGAGGAGGAGUGAGAGGAGGCCUCUACACACAGACUCUGCAGUGCCUCUGCAGUGAAGGUGGAGUCCCUGCUUCCACCUCCGCCCCGCUCCUCCGACGCCUCCACUGCCAAGACCACGAGGCCGUCCCUUAUGAUGUCUUCCGUCAUGGCGUGCUCACAUGUGCGGUUUUCUCAGACUACAUCCGGCAGGCUCAGAGGCUUUACGCUGAGGUGUGCUGCCCGGAUGAAGGGCCUGCCUCGCGGGCACUGUGCCUGGCCGUGCUGGGGACCUUGAAGGAAGCCUUGGAGACUUCCCAAGGCUGCGAUGUAAACUGCGGUACUAAUGCAAACACUAAAGCUUUUUCCUGUCUGGAAGCGAAUGUGAAGGCCAUACGCUACCUGGAGGCCAGUGCCAAGAUCUCGCCAUACAAGCUGGCUCAGGCCAUAGCUGGAGCACAGACACGAGGCCCGGGCGGCGAUAUGGACGCGAAGGAGUUUGAGAACGCAGCGGCAGAGCUCUUCAUCACUCGGGUGAAAGUUCUGUCCUAGGUCUCUUGUGGGUUUUCUCAUAAUUAACGAAUGCACAGCAAUCCAAAGUAUAUUCCAGAGUAAAUCGUUACUUUCUGUCUUACCUUCUCUAACCUCUAACCUACUGUUGCCUGAGGCUACUAAACACCUAAAUAUUAAGAAAUAAAAAGCACUCACAGAUACACUAAACUCAGUAAUUCCAUUGUUUGGAAGGUAACAUAAUGCUUGAGGUCUGUUAUUGAACUCAUUAAAGUUGAUGAGAAAUCAACAUCUGCUGUGACUAAGCAAGAAGCUACUUUGCUGAUUGAAGAACAAUGAUUCCCUGUAUUCCUUGAUAAUCUGUAUUAAUCCUGUCAGUUUCCAUCACUGUUUAACCUAUGCCAUGAAAUUCUCCACUAGAAAGUAAUACACUUGACUGAUCUACAUCUAAUGCAAUCCUGUAAUAACUUGUCCCCCUUUGUUUUUAUUUUUAACUCUAUCACUUUCAUGUUUUGUUGAGAUGGGAUGCUGAUUAAACUCUGUCAUUUUGGAGGCUAUAUUUUGUGAUGUAGAAUUGUAUUGCAUUAUAUGUUAAGAUAAUGUUCUGUUAGCCAUUUAUUAGAAACAGGAGCCACUCUCGUAUGCUGUCCUGAUGAAGGCACUGUAGCAGAAAACAUACUGUGA